GUUGCCAUGUGUAAUGAAAAGUGCCACCCAGGCUACAGAAGAAAAAAGAAAGAGGGUGAGCCAUUUUGCUGCUACGAUUGUGUUCCAUGUCCAGAUGGAAAGAUUUCACACCAAAAGGACAUGGAUGAUUGUGUACAAUGCCCAGAAGAUAAAUUUGCAAACAAAAACAGAGACAGAUGCCUUCCUAAGGUCAUAGAUUUCCUCUCUUUCUCAGAACCAUUGGGCAUCACUUUAUCUGCUUUUAGUUUGACAUUUUCACUAAUUACAGCUUUGGUGCUAGGCAUUUUCAUCAAGUACAAAGACACUCCCAUCAUUAAAGCCAACAAUCAGAACCUCUCUUUCUCACUCCUGAGCUCUCUAUUUCUAUGUUUCCUUUGUUCCUUCCUAUUCAUUGGCAAGCCCCAGUCAGUGACCUGCUGUUUACGGCAAACUGCUUUUGGCAUAAUCUUUUCAGUAGCUGUUUCUUGUGUCUUGGCAAAAACUAUCACUGUGGUUAUUGCAUUCAUGGCUACCAAGCCAGGGUCUAACAUGAGGAAGUGGGUUGGGAAAAGACUCACUAAUUCGAUUCUUAUUGGUUGCUCUCUUAUUCAAGUCAUUAUUUGUGGUAUAUGGUUUUGUACAGCUCCUCCAUUCCCAAAUUUAGACAUGAACUCGUUGGCUGAAAAAAUCAUAGUAGAAUGCAGUGAAGGGUCAAACACAAUGUUUUAUUGUGUUCUGGGAUACUUGGGAUUUCUGGCCAUUAUCAGCUUCACCGUGGCUUUCCAGGCCAGGAGAUUGCCAGACACUUUUAAUGAAGCCAAAUUCAUCACUUUCAGCAUGUUGGUCUUCUGCAGUGUUUGGUUGUCCUUUGUUCCCUCUUACUUGAGCACAAAGGGAAAACACAUGGUGGCAGCAGAGAUUUUCUCCAUCUUGGCCUCCAGUGCUGGGUUACUGGGUUGUAUCUUUGCUCCCAAAUGCUAUAUAAUUAUCCUGAGACCAGACCUGAACACCAAGGACAAGCUAAUAAGGUGA